GUGACCGCCGAUGUGCAAGCUAAGCUAUAUGAUAACAGCAUUGACACAGUGGCUAAGUUCGCUGCUUUCGUCAGUGAUGCAGCGGACCUUCGGGACGUGCUAAAGACCGACCUGGGCAUGGACCCAGCUAGCUCCUUGAGCCUCCGUGCUCAGGCAGCCUCCUUGAUGGUCGCCUGGGAAACUGCUAAAGCUAGGGUCAAGACCCAGGCCGAAGCUGAAGCUACGAAUGAAGUCCGGGAAUGGGCCAAGCCUAUUCCGCAGACGGACUACAUCGCUAUGCGACAGGCUUACGCUACCCAGUUUGGGGACCUGGAGGAUAAGCACAUCCCCGCUAAGGAAUACAUUGAGAAGAAACUGCACGAGCUAGAGACCGGGGAGUUCCGCGCGGAACCGCUAACUGAGGUGAUCAGUCGGGACGAAGUCGAUCCCGACGUGCUACUUCCCCGCUGGAACGCUAGUGGAACCCUUUCCAUUGCUAAGGGAGGUUCCCGCACUACAGCUCCGUCUGGUCCGGAACAGCUACGACUCCGUCUCACCGUGCUACAGAACGCCCUGAUCAUGAUCAAGUUGAAGCACCCUGGACGGGCUGAGCUAGCGGAUGUCACUUUCGCCGUCUUCGAGCGCUACCAGGCGUACAAGGAGGCUACUGUCAAGGAGAGGCACUUCACCACACCUCUCGCGCUACACGCAAAGCGGCCGAACCCCUCAGUGCCCCCUCCCCCGCUAAACCCCUACCAGCGUGACCCCAAGAAGGGGAAGGGCAAGCUGGGCAAGGGGAAGGACAAGCAGCCGAUGAAGUCCGGCACGCGAGCAGGCACGUCCAACCGGACGCCCGAUGGCAAGCCCAUCUGCUACCGUUUCAACGCUAAGGGUGGCUGCAAGAAGGGCGACAAGUGCCACUUCGCCCACGUGUGCCUUCACUGCUUCGCUAAGCACCCGGCCACGCAGUGUCCCGCGCUAAAGAGCAAGAAGGACGACAAGCAGCAGCCUGCUCCACCGCUUGGCAAAGUGCUACGGGUGCUCUACUUGUUUGCCGGAGCUAAGAGACCGUGGGACAUGGCUACCUGCGUCAAAGAGACAGCCUCGGCCAUGGGUUGGGAUGCUACGAUCGAGUGCGUCGACAUUUGCAGAAGCGCGAAAAUGGACCUCACCAAGUCCGCGCUACGCCAGAGCUACCUGGACAAGAUUCAGGCCAAGAGCUUCGACGCUAUACUUCUCUCGCCGCCCUGCUCCUCUUUCUCGAGGGCGCCUUUUGCUAAUCACCGCGGACCCCGACCGGUCCGCUGCUACCAGCAUCCUCGCGGCAAGGAUACGCUAACUGCCCGCGAGCGGGAUCGAGCUAUACUGGGCAACCUCUUCGCCGACUUCGCUUGGGACGUGGCUACCCUGGUGGCGCAAGGCGCCGCUAGCUUCCUCGCCUUCGAGCAGCCGGAAGACCUGGGGGCUAUCCACAAAGGUCCCUUUGCUGGACAACGCCGCGCUAGCAUGUGGCAGUACCCCGCUUUCGAGCAGCUACUCAAACAAGGUUGCAGGACGGUGGCCUUUCACCAGGCCAGCUUCGGGACGCCCUACGCUAAACCGACCCGACUUUUUCUUCGCACGCCGUGCGAGCUACCUUCUUUCGUGCACGAGGGUGCACCAGUUUUUGACGAGAACGGCAGCUACUUGGGGCCACUCCCGUCCGGGAGGCAGUACGGUGGUCUCUUCCAGCACCGUGCUAAAGGGCUCUUCGCUACCUCUGGAUCCGAGCGCUGGCCGCCUCGCCUUUGCCAGUGGCUAGCCGGGGUGCUGGUCGAGACUUGCCUGGACCCUGCUUCGACUGCUACGGGGGGGGAGGUCCAGGAACAGCGCAACGAAGAGGACCUCAGCUACACCAUCAACGAGCCCGAGGGACGCUGGAAACCUGAAAAUAGGUCCCUGGCCUCCGGGCCGUCUUGGGACUGGCUACGCGAGAAGACCCUCGACCUGGUGCUAAAGGAGCUCGGCAGUGGAGACGUGAGGGAGCUAGAACGCGAAGCGUUUCGGAUGGCAGCCGGCGGGGAGCAUGGUUGUUCCCUCGCUAAGAACGAGAAGCUCCAAUCCCAGCUAAGGGGGAUGCUUGAGGCCGCCGGCGACCCCGACCGGGAGUUCCUCCGUCGAGCUGAGGAAGGGCUGCCGCUAGGCAUCCUGGAGCCGCUACCGCGCACUCCGCAUGUUUUUGAGGAGCAGCUGAAGUGGCCUCUUGAGAACGCCCCGUGGGAGGCCUCGCUAGCAUGGGUCCCGAACUACUCCUCCGUAGAAGAGCACCUGGCUUUUGCUAAGGAGAAAUUUGAUGAAGACGUCGAGGAGGGCCUCAUGGCUAGAAUGACGCUACGGGAGUUCAAGGAGCGCUACGGCGAGAACUCCGCCAUCGCUAGUCUUGCGGUCAUCGUAGAGGAUGAGCUAAAAGACAAGAAGCGCAUCAUCCAUGAUGCUACCCACGGAGUCCGGGUGAACCACCGGAUAAAGUGCCGAGACAAGAUACGCGCUCCAGGAGCUAGGGAGAAGAAGCAGCUACUCCGAGAGAUGAUCGACGAGAACCGGGUGGCUUUCUCGGUGGUGGGCGACAUCUCCAAAGCCCACCGACGCUACAAGCAUCAACCAUCGGAGCAUGGCUUCAUGGGCUGUCAGCUAAGCACCGAGGAGACAGUCCCGGAAAAUCCAGACAGCCAGCUAGUUUACGUGAACUUGGUUGGGACCUUUGGUCUUUCGUGUGCUAGCUACUGGUGGACGCGGAUUGCGGCCUGUGGAGUCAGGCUAGUUUACCACCUCCUGGGCCCUAAGUUCCCGCUAGACCUUCUGCUGUACGCGGACGACCUGGAGUCGUUGGGUCGGACGCCCGCAGGGAGGCAGGGCAUUCCACUCAGCUACUUGUUUCUGGCUACACUGGGCUACCCUUUCAAGUGGCCGAAGGCCCGAGGGGGUUUUCGUGUGGAGUGGCUAGGAAUGGAGACUGACUACCCAGGCCACCAGCUAGGUCUUUCGAAGAAGAGCGCCGGAUGGCUAGUGGAAUGGCUACGGGACAAGGCCACCCGAGGCCGCGUGACUGCUAAGGAGUUCUCCCAGGGCUUGGGCCGGCUAGGCUUCGCAGCUAUAGCUCUGGACUGGGAACGUCCCUUCCUUGGCCCGCUACAUGCCUGGUCGUCUGCAGUCCAAACCAAGGUUGGCAUGCUAACAGUUCCCACGAUGCUAAGGGUCCUGUGCCUCUGGCUGGCCGAAAGGCUGGAGGCUGGCGGUAGAUUGCAGAGACCCGCCCCGCUAGUGGAGGAAGCGGCGCCGCUGAGUUUCUUCACUGACGCUAAGGCGGAAGCAGGGAAGGCCUGGAUAGGGGACUUCCUCGAGCUAGUACAGCAGAGUUGGGCCCCUUGGGCUUUCGCUAAGGGCGACCCGAACAAGGUGAUCGCCGCCCUAGAGCUGCUGGCCACCUUGGUGGCGGUCAAGCUAUGGGUACCAGAAGGCCCAGCUAAGAAGACCACGAGGGUGGCGAUACGGGGCUAUACUGAUAACAAGUCGAAUGAAGCAUUGCUCAAGAAGGCGAUGACGACGAAGUUCCCAUCGACCUUGGUGCUAAUGGAGACAGCGGAAGAGCUGUCCGCUAAGAACUGCGAAUUACAGUUGCAGUGGAUCCGUCGUGAUCUCAAUCAGCUAGCGGAUGAUUUGACGAACGAAAACUUCGCUA